AUGAGAAAUAUUGCGAUACGUCACCGUAUGUUAUUUGCUAUGAUAGCUGUUCUGGUAAUAUGCUUCUUGGCAGCGGUUGGUGCAUCGAUCAGUUUACACAUCAUGAUGUCUUCUGACGGUAAUUUUUUCAAUUAAUUUGAAUAUGGCUAAUCCUUAUAAGACAUGUUUUUAAACCGGUUGAUCUGGAUUGAUCCAACCAUCUUUCACCCUGGGGGGAACUCCCAUAUAAAAGUGACGGGGGUGCUAAUAGGAAAAUUAAAAUUAUACCCCUAAGGGAUACCAACGUGGAUGUGGCUAAAGCUUAAACUGACCUCUAAAGGAGAGCAUACUAAAACAGACUUCAUGGCAUUUUUUGUAAAUUUUGUUUUAUGCACAGCCCUAAGCGAUACCUAAAUAGGCAACAUCUAGUGACUUCCCUUCCCAAACAUCCCAAGUGAGUCCAAAAUUUUUGCAAUUUACACGGCGUAAGCGACACUACGAGCAUCCCCAGUCACUUUUAUAUGGGAGUUCCCCGGGUCUUUCACUUUAUUUCAUUGUACGCAGCGGAUGGUAUUGGCCAUCUCUCGUUCCCUUUAACCAGGGCAUUCAACACGUUUUAGGGUUUACAUCAUAUUAUUUUUAGGCCACAAGUACUUGGGUGACCGGAAAUCGUAUGAUCUUUAGCUCUUUCGUGAAUGAAUCUAAUGAGAUGGGUAAUAUUUGAUUCACAUUCAUUUAUAUGUUUGUGGCUGCGAUUAGCCUGUGCCAGGCUCUCAGAUAAUAGGGACGUUGCGAAAAUAAGACGCGCUCGAUCUGGGGAAGGGGGCGGUGCGCGCGUUUUUCGCAUAACUGUUUACUGCACGACUACAAGUUACCAUUUGGAGCCAGGGCACAUGCUAGGCUACGAUACGCUAAUAAGUUCCAAAACGGCGAAACAAAGCUGUCUGUAUCUUCCCUUUAGCUAUGAGCUCUUAACAAGACGAGUCUAAUGUUAAAUGUGGUACGGGGACGGGGAGGAGGGGCUCCCAUACAAAAGUGACGGGGAUCCUCGUCGGAAAUUUAAAUUAAACCCCUAAAGGCCUGGGGGGUACUCAAUACAGUAGUUUUAUACAAGGAGGGUCCGCUCCGCGGUCCAUCUCCUUAUACUUUUAUAUACCAUUCAAUGCCACAGAAUAGAUUAUAAUGGGGUAGGGGUUCUGAGAGGCCAGCGGCACAUACCCAGCAAAAAUUGACCCAAGUAACCCCCAGGGCUGGUUUUUCGUAUCCGGGGUGGCCCACGUUUUAGCCUAGAAUAACAUAUAGAUUUAGCCAGGGCUAAAAGCGAAACUCUCUUUAAUACUUAUAGUUUCCUCAAAAAAAAAUAAAAUAAUAAAAUCGAGUAAUACUAAAGAAACGGUGAAGACAACGAGAACGGUAAAAAACAACGACAAUAGAUAUAAUUAGCAAAAAGACAAAUUUGUACGUUUAUUCUAAUUAGCAAAACAACUACUUUGCACGUGCAGCACACUUUUUUUAGGAUUUCCUUGCCGUUGUUUUGCACGACUUAAACGUGGAACUUCUUUUAACUUCCUAGUUACACGUUUUAUGGAGGAAAUGUUUGUGUUCCCUAUCACUGUUUUUUCACUGCGGCUCAUUUCACCUUGGAAGUCGCUAGCUUUUUUCAUUUUCUCACCGCUGCUAUAUAAUUUUUAUGUUUUUCCUUCCAACUAAAUUGGUCUCCGUUGUUUUUUUUUUAUUUGUCACUCUAGCUCUUUCCCUGUUAUCCACGUUAAUUUAGACAUUCAAAUUUAGUCUAAAGAAAGACUCGGCUUUUUUGUUGUUGUUGAUUUUCUCUCUCUCUAAAAGUCUGGGUGGCCAUGUGAUUUACCGACGAAGCAAGCGGGAUGCUUGAAAUGAAAAAUUUCACCUCAGCUAACAUGAAAUGGCGGACGUACGUACGUACGAACGGGCGGGCGGACGGACGAUUACGUCACAACCAAAAUUUUUUGGAUGCAUAGAUGACCGGUAAUAGUAGAUUAUAAUUAUUUUACUCUAUAUAAAGCUUCGAGUUUGAUUCAGACGUCGGAUAUGAUGGUGCCGAAUUUAACUCCGUUUGUUGUAAAUAUUCCCAGUCUCUACAAAUUUUUUUUUAUCCAAUAUGGAUAAGGUUUUCUACAAUUAAUGCAUUCAGUAUUCGGCACAUGUGUAAUGCGACUUCUAAAUCAAAUGUUGAACCUAAAUCGAAUUUUCGACUGUUUCAGUCGCAGAUUCGAGAAAGUCGUAUUUAACUUAAAACUGUGAAGUGUAUAUGAAAUAAUUCAUUUUUGAACUGCGGUUGUAGAUGAAAGUGAAGAAUGAUCAUCGCAGUAAAUUUUUCCAACUUAAGCAGUUGGAAAGAAGAAGCCUGAAAAAAAAAUCAGGGCUUCAACGGGAUUCGAACCCGUGACCUUCCCGUUACUUAAAACUGCCGAAUUUAGUUGAUUUAGUCGUUCCAUCUCAAAGCAGUUACCUCUCGAAUUAAAUUAGGCACAUGUGAAAAUCGACGAUUGAGCUCGGUAAUGAAAACAGUGUCCUGUAACAUUUAUAUUCCUGUAAACUUUGCUUUCAAUUUACAAAAUUAUGCCUCAAGCUAUAUGUACCACACAGGUAAAAAAGAGAGUAAAUAAAAAAUUUUAAAAAACAAAAAAAAAUAAGGUUACGAAGAAUUCGCUUCAAGCGGUUUGGAACCUGGGCCCUCAGAAACGGUAGUUAGAAGUAAGAGUUAACACCACUAUCCACUGGUCCACCUUGGUAAACGCUGACAAUUCAAGUUUAUUAAAAGAGGUCUAUAUUCCUUCUCUAUAGUGAUUGACAGUUUUCAAGGAUGACUUUUUCGGGUUUUUCUUAAAUUUCCGUGUAGAAUUAAAUCUUUAACUGAUCGAAGCUAGACGUAAAGAUCACAAUAAACCCAUUAAUAUUCUUUCAGGCUUGGUCCAUCGCGGGGAAACGUUGCAGAAAUUUAUGAACUAUCGAUCGCACGGUUACCGACUGAACCGUAUGACCGUACGAUACUCCCCCUGCUCGUAAGGUGUCUUUUCAUCAGUCGGGGAAAACAUAAACACAACAUUGUUUAUCAUUAUUUCCAUUGCUUUAGGUUAGGGUAGCAAACCAUUUGGCUUUUAGGGUUAGAAGGGCUGCUUCAUUAGCUCUCUCCCGGAAUGAAGAAAAACAAUAUGACCGCCAAAUAUAUACAUUCUUUUAGUUUUUAAAGUUCUCCUUUAUUAACAAACGUUGAACUUUUAUUUCGGCAAAAAAAAAUUAAGUUGAAAAGGGAUUUUACAAAAGUCUCAAGAGUAGGCCUCCUUUUCGAUUUUUAACUUGAUUUAUUGGUCAAUUUACGCAACUUUUAAACUUCAGGCUCAGUUUUGGUUUGGUUCUGCUUUGAAAAAACGGAAUGAUAAUUACUAGGAAAGACAGUGUACAGCAUUGUUGAGAAAAACAGGAAAAAAUUUGCCAAUUUAUGACAAAAAAGGUACUUUAAGAAGGAACUAAAACUUUCAAAACGCUCUGAUCACGUGGCUGAUGACGUCAUGUCCCUCUUUUGGUCACGAAAAUAAUUAACAGGUAGAACAUUACUCUCCCGCUAAUUUCCUCUGCCUUGUGAUAAAACGUUGCCUCUCUACAGCCCUCGGCCUAGUCUGCCGACUUUUUCACCCGUGUUCAUUACCCCCUUAAAUUUUAAAUGCCGGACGUCAACUGGUUAAAAAUGCCCCACACAACUAAAACCUCAAAUAUGUUAUUUGUUUUUAACUCGUUGAUAAAAUCUUGUCACAGCAAUAAAAAAAACCUAAUUCGGAAUAGUCACGUGACUGGUGACGUCAUUACCUUAGAUAUGACAUGGGAAGAUAUUUUAUGGCAAAUGUUAUUUUGUUGUGGUAUGACAGUAAUCUAGGUAUAAAAUUGUCAAAGUUAUAACGAUUUUUAAAAGAUUGCCUCAAAGGAUUCUCGGCGAUUUUUUUAUGAUAAUUAUAAUUUACUUUUAUAACUAGGAGUAAUCGAAGCCAGGACUGAGUGCGUUCGAUAUGUUUGUUCGGCGUAUAGGCGGCUAACAGAUGAGGGGGAAGAUUGGAUGGUUCUUGCGAUAGAUAAAUAUGGUUAUGGCAUAUUUUGAACGUAAGGGUUGCGUACAACUAAACCUCUAUUUAAACUGUGCUUGUACUCGGAAGAGACAGUGGCCAGAGUUUUACUGGCGCGAUUACAGGGCGCAGUUGUUCAAAGGCCGAUUAGCGCUUAACGCGGGAUUCUUUUUCUUUCUUCGAAAACAUUUCUUCGGAUAAUUUUCUCUGUUAUUUUCAAGAGAAUCCAAUCGUCAACUUGUUGACAAAAUGAAUUAAACUGAAUUUACCUUUUUAAAAGCUUUCACAUCUGAAUUCAAAUUUCGCACUAACCCUGUCAAAGCCUUCAGUGGAAUGCAUGUGCGGCUCACGUCAAUAACUUUUCAGUAAUUUGGUCAAGCGUGUUGAUUUCAGUCACUCGAGAGUGGCGCUACUGUGGGCUGGUUUAUAAGUUUUUCCUAAUAAAUAACAGAGUUAAAGUGUUCGUUUGUCUGGUGCCGAAAAUAUCACUAGUCAUGAUCAAAUAGCGCAGCCGAGCUUCACAUCUCGGUAGAUUUACUUUGUGGCCGCAACGGCUGCUGAGCUACACAACUCGGUAGGUUUACUUUGUGACACAACGGCCGCCGAACUACACAACUCGGUAAAUUUACUCUGUGGUCUGACAACGGCUGCCGAGCUACACAACUCAGUAGAUUUACUCUGUGACACAAAGGCAGCCGAACUAAACCCGGUUUGAUGCAUGCACCAGGAAUCGCACACAUUUUCCAAAGACAGUGACGGACCAUGCUGAAAAAUAUGAGGGCUUAGUCCAAAGCAAAAUUUAAAAGCAAACUUCUGAAAGAUGAACGCUUUAGAAGAUUCAGCAAACACAGAUCUAUGUACGCUUUACGAAGAUUCAGCAAACUUUUUUAAAAAUGAAUGCUUUACGAAGACAGAAUAUCAGACCUCAGCAAACCUUUGAAAGAUGAACGCCAAGGACACACGAAACACCACGUGAGUUAGCGCGUCAACGUGAGACAAAACGUAAGGAAGCACUUCAAAGUGAGGCAAAUGUGUUUCGACGACGACAAAAAUGCAAUCUCAAAUUCCCUUAUUAAUUGCACAGGACACCCAGUAAAGCACAGAACACCCAACACAAAUUAGGGGUUGCGUUCUCGUACCUCGAACGCAAUAAUUAUUAUUAUUGAAAUCCUUGUGACAUAGCCCCUUUAAGUUAUUAGUAUAGAAGAGAGAGGUCACGUCACGUUGCUAUGGUAGCAAAAUUUUUGAACAACAACAAACCGAUAAAGUCACUAUUCGCACUAUUUCAAAUUCACCGAUCUUAUUCGAUUUCAUUUAAUUUCGCAAAUUUUGGCGAAAUUUUCCUUGGAAGCGUAUCUAUCGUUAUCUAAGUUUGCAAAAAGAAAGGGAAAAUUUUUCUGCUGCGUUCACCUACUCCAUAGCGCGGGCUCGCGAAAUUAGGACGUUUCAUGUCGUAGUGGUACAACGAAGGCAAAGAAAUGUACAAAUAGCGUGAUGCACAUGCAAAGUUGUUUUUUGUUAAUGUAAACAUAUUAUUUUUUGCCGUUCUCCUUGCCGUCGUUGGUUUUCCUGUCAUCCAGAAAUAGUGCCACCAUGGUAAAGUGACGUCACACUUCUCUUCCCUAUUAUAACUAAGUAUAACGCUAGCCAACCAUGCGUUCUAAAAUUUUUUUAGGUUGUACCAGUGAUUGGACGCACUUUAAAAGCUACUGUUACUUUGUGAGUAAAGAACGCAAACCGUGGGACGACGCCCAAAAGUUUUGCGAAAAGCAGGAGGGAGAGCUAGUGGAGAUAACCAGCUUCGAAGAAAACGAGUACGUAUUCAAACUUGUUAACAAGCGAGAGCCAUCUCAUGAACGGGUUUGGAUCGGACUCAAGUAUGAUCAAGAGGUGAACAAAGUUCCUAUGGUCUGA